AUGUCUGGAAACCAAGGAGGAGAGGGCAACCCUUCCCCUUCGUUUCAACCAGAAACGUCCGUGCGGUUGCCGUCGAAUCUAAGCAAUGAAAAUAUGGUCUCUGGAACCGUCCGCCAGUCAAAGGUUACGGGACAAGAACGAAGAACCUAUGGUACUUUAGAACCAUCAGAAAGGGUGGAACUUGAUUCACGCCCGGAUGAAAGUCGACCAGAGAGUUCAAACCGCAUGCCUCCGUCUCAAUCACCCUCAACGGUAACCCAAUCUGAUAAACCAAGGAAACCAUCCGUCACGCGUCGCAUGUCUUCUAAGCGGACGAUACCCCAUAAAGGUCAGGAGUUCUCUACUGACGAUGAUGUUCAAGAAGUUGAGGAAGACAUCGCUAAGCAACAUGCUACGAAUCCUCAAAAUUCACCGAGGAUACGCCCCUUGCGAAAGCAAAGCUCGAGCCUCAGGCGAAGAAUCAAUGCUCGCAUCAGUCCUCUGACACGAGCAGAUCCUAAGGACAAUGAAAAUGAAAAUAUUAUUCCACCAGUAUCUAGCUUGGAAGGAGCCGGAAAUGGCACUUCUUCUCAACACUCUGAGGGUGGAAGCCAAAAUGGUAACGAUAAUAACGACGAGGACGUCAGCGAUGCGGAAAGUUUUACAUUAAAGGAUCGGCAGCAGGCUAUUAAUGAAACGCAUCCUUUUGGAAUAAGGCUAUGGAAACCUGCCCUGUACAAGAAGAGUCGUUCAGUAGAGAAGACCGCUGAAGGUGAUAUUCAUUCGUCGCCUGGCGGUCGAGUGGGAACAAUGCUGUUCCUAACAAAUUUAUUGUGGACCGUAUUCUUCGGGUGGUGGCUUGCUCUGGCUGCGCUUAUCGGUUCCGUCGCCUGCUUCAUCUUCGCGUACUCUCCAAGUGCUGUGGAAUAUGGGAAGGUCUUCUCCGGCCUCUCUUGGUAUCUGAUAUACCCGUUCGGAUCAUUUGUUCGUCUUGACACGGAUGAAAAUUACGCAGAGGAAGAUGAAGGCGAAGGCCGCAGCAUUAGCGAGUAUGAGCAAUGGCAAAACGGUGACCUAGAACAUGGAAGACUAUUCUUUGGCCCUCGCCGCGGCCGAUCCCUCGUGGGCAGAAGAAGGAAUAGCAUUGAUUCGGCCAGUGAGCAAGAUAGUUUGCUGGGACGGACGCAAAGAGCCAGUUCACACGAUAGUCCUCUGGGCCACCAUAAACGACGUUUGUUUGGCCGCGGCGAGUGGACUCUUGGUCGUGUCGUGUUCUUUGUCUUUUUUUAUUUCCUGGUGGGACCUUUGAUGUUAUUGGUAUCUCUCCUCUGCUGGCUGCUGGUCUUCUGGAUUCCAAUGGGACGCGUGACGAUCAUAUUAUUUGAUCAUCUUCGUCGUCAUCCCCUCGCUCUGUCAUACCAUUCCGAUACCUCAUAUACACGGCUGAUCCCAAACUCCUCUUCAUCUAUUCUUUUAUGCACCUAUCGUGCCGCCGGAUUAAGAUACUGGAAAUACACGGUUGGCGGUACCAACAUCUUUUUGAUCAAUCUCCUCGGUGUGGUACUGUUUGUGAUUUUUGACUACUUCCUUUUGGAAAAAACUCUAGGUGUUCAAAACUCCUUGACUCACCCGGGCUUGAUUUUCACCUUAGCCCUUGUUUCCAUCAUCCCCUUGGCUUAUUUCAUUGGACAGGCUGUUGCUUCGAUCUCCGCACAGUCCUCAAUGGGCAUGGGUGCUGCUGUUAACGCUUUCUUUUCAACGGUGGUCGAAGUCUACCUAUACUGUGUUGCUUUAACCGAGGGUAAAGGCCGGCUUGUUGAAGGUAGUAUCAUAGGUAGUAUCUUCGCAGGCAUCCUGUUUCUCCCUGGAUUAUCUAUGUGCUUUGGGGCUAUCAAGCGUAAAACACAGAGGUUUAAUGUUAAAUCCGCCGGUGUUACCUCUACAAUGCUGAUGUUCGCCGUGAUUGCUGCCUUUGGGCCGACACUGUUCUAUCAGAUUUAUGGCAGCCAUGAAUUAAACUGCCGCUCCUGCUUCAACGCUAUAGAUGCGAGCGGUAGUGAUUGCCGUCGUUGUUACUUCUCCCAGGUCCCUGCUGUCAAUGAUAGCUUCUUUCGAAAGGCUGUAAAGCCCUAUUCAUGGUUUGCGGCUUUAUUUCUGUUUCUAUCGUAUAUUAUCGGUUUAUGGUUUACGCUUCGAACCCAUGCUGCCCUCAUAUGGGCUACAGAGCUUGAGGAGAAGAAAGCCGCGGCUGCCGUCCAGGAGCACGGUCCUUACGAGCCAAGGCACCUCCUCCAUAGUGGACCACCAGUGGCUGCUGGUGCAAACGUUGGUGCAGGCCCAAAGGGGUCCGUUAGAGAUUCUCAAUUGUACAAACGUAUUCUAGGACAAUCCCUGAAGCACAUCGGCUUGUCCGAAAAUUCAAUCGAGUCCGGCGCAGAGCAGCCGGAGUCAAGCUCGAUGCGUGAUACGAGCACGCCCUAUCUUGUCCCUCCGCAUGGGGAGGGUGAUGGGGACUACUCAGGUUUUGGCCGUUUUGGGGGUUUGUCGGGUGAGGAGAAUGAACAUCUGAUGCGCCAGGUAACAGAAGUUGCAGCAACUGCUGCAGCAGUUGCUGCCCGCGAUGCAGCUCGAACCCGAAAAUUAUCCAUUCAACAGACCCCGGCACGCCACGGUAACAGAGGAUCCACUGACCCAAUCAAGGCGGUAGUAGAGGAGCUUGAUGAUAUUGGACUCGAGCACGGCCAAACCAGUGGCGGGCAUGAUGCCCCAAACUGGAGCAAGGCUAGAAGCUCAAUCAUUCUUCUAGGAGCCACCGUUUUCUAUGCAAUCAUCGCUGAAAUUCUUGUGAACACCGUAGAUGUGGUGCUGGAGAGUGUUGACAUUGAUGAAAAGUUCCUUGGAAUCACACUAUUUGCUCUAGUCCCCAACACGACGGAGUUCUUGAAUGCUAUCUCUUUCGCCAUGAAUGGCAACAUAGCCUUGUCGAUGGAGAUCGGUUCAGCCUACGCCCUACAGGUUUGCCUUCUGCAGAUUCCAGCCCUAGUACUAUUCAGCGCUAUUUAUGAACGCUUAAUUGAUCCGACAGAACUCCUAACUCACACCUUCAAGUAUGUUUAA